AUGUCGGCGAAUCAACAGGCCACUCGACCAGCGCCGGGUCCCCCUCUCAAGGGGCGCACACCCUUGGGCAUCAAGAACGUCCAGUCAAAGUCCCAACAGCAAGCUCAUGAUCGACGACAGCACGACGCAAUCCUUGUUGAAGGCCCCGACGGCACCAUGUCUGCCUCUACCAAUGAGUCGCUCAAGCCCCAGCCGGCGACUGCCUACAAUGCGAGCAAGCCAGUCGGCGGGCAGUACAAGGUCGACAAGAGCUCGCCCAAGUCCCACCGGAUGUCGUUUCUCCACAACAUUCAACGGAGCAAGGUCUUCAACAAUCUCGUCGGCGGUGAGAGACUCUUGGCACCUCCUUCUCCACGAGACGAAGGGGGCUCCCUAGGCACCGGCAACGGCCUUGGCCUCAUCGUCGACGGCGCACCGAGCAGCGCUACUUCUUCGGCUCACAACCUCCUCGGCAGCCUUCGCACACCCAAGAAGAGGGCAAUCCCUCGCGAAGAUAUUCACCCCAGGAACGUCGUUGAUCCCGACGAUGGGAGCCCUCCUCACAAGAAGUCCCGCUCUUCCAAGGACAGCGGCAGCGGAUCCACCGGCAUCGCUGCCACUGCCACUCAAGUCAGUAGUACUGGUGGAGCAAUUGCCUCUGCGGUAGACAAGAUGCAGGUCGACACUUCAGUAGGCAAGGGUACACUGUCUGCCCCACCAGGGCUGACCAAUACGGAACAAGCCUUUGAACGACCUCGCCAUUUGCAUACCCAGAGCAUUCAACCUGGCCCUCGCGAUACCCUCGCCCCACCGACUCGGUACCCUCGCCAAGAUCACAGCAACAUACGUGAUUCUCAUGCCGCCAAUGUGGCCAAGAACUCCACUACUCAACGAAUCGAUAAGAUCAGUAGGAUGUCGGCAACCGAGCGAGCAGCCCGUGACGAGCAGAAGAAACGCCAAGCUGAGAAUUGGAAGAGAAAGUAUACCGCCGAGUUUCCCAAGAUGACUUUUUACCUGGACGGCUUCGAUGAGAAGACCAAAAGCCAGCUCACUCGUACCAUUAGCGGUCUCGGCGGAUCUAUUGAGCCCUUCUUUAGCAAGAGUUGUACGCAUUUGCUCAGCAAGCACAUCGGAAACCCAUCAGAUAUCUCGGGAGACUCGACAAGUGCCUCAACAUCAGCUGCCGUUGCGCCUUCGCAUCACGCUCCAGUCAAGAGCGCUGUAGUGAGCAAGUCUACCAAACACUUUUCUCCGAGCAAGAAAGGAGUCGCCAAGAAAAACAAAGAUCUCCCUCUUCAUUCCGAUCGCAAUCCUUUUGACGACGUUGGCAUGGCUGCUCCGACGGUACCUUCCAAUAGCGUGGUAGCAAAGGCCUACGCUAUGGGAUUGCAUGUCUGGCCUCUAGACAAAUUCUGGCAGAUCGCCAACCUACUUGUUGGUCAGGACGUCACGCAGCAGUCCCGCCACUCUAAAGCGGAUCUGGCGCAGCUGCUUCGUCACGAGCAGCUCCACGGUACCUCAGAGCGUGAUCUCAACGCCCCUCGCGAAGGUUGGAAGUACUUUGACAAGGACUCGUUCUUCAUCUUCAUCGAGGAUGCUACGAGAGAGCAUCGCGCCAUCAUGGCGCACCAAUUCGAGAAGCCUACGGAUCCUCAAGCUGAGCCACCUUGGCCAAAACUCUAUGGCGAAGCAGAGAAUCGAUGUCCAUUCAGCAAGACUUCGGCUCGGGCUAGAGAUCGAGAUCGCACUCUGGUGGGACCUCGUCGAAUUGACACCUACCGUGCUGACAUUGUCCGCAGAUUUGACUCGCCAAUGCCCCCGACCGCAAGCCGGGAUCAGCGCGGUGCUUCGCCUUUCCAGCAACUUGCGUCAGGCAAUAGCGUCAGCGUGGCCAGCCACAUGACGACGUCCGCUAUAGGCACUCCUAGCACUACUGGUUUCCCUGGCGGGUACCAUGGUCUCGUAGGUCCUCAGGACAAGCGUGUCGCUCAGCUCAACCGCCGCAUGGUAUCCGCUGGCUCCGUCGAUCUCAACAACUCUACGGGAAGUGACGCUCGACACCGGGAAGGACCAUCUGGACCUCACGCUCGGGGAGCCUUCGUUAGGAGCUUGCUCGGCAUGCGAGACGAUCGCGCACUUCAUUCCCCUGGAACGCCUGGAACGCCCGGAGGUCUACCACAGCAUCUUCAGCAUUCCUACCACACACCCCAGCCUCAGCAUUACCACCCUCUUUCAAACCGUUCAGUGUCGCUUCAGCGACCUGGUCCUCCACAAGCACUGCCUCACACGCCAAGCUCGCACCCAGGUAUGACACGCUCUAUCAGUCUCGGUACGGGCACGUCCCUCGCAUCUCGGAACCCUAACGCAUCAAGCCGUCAGACCUUGCACGACGUCAAGAACUUUGUUCCCUGCAACGAGCGAGUACCUGCUCCAGGGUCAGUCGAAGCGAUGGUCAUCCAGCUUCGCCAGGAACAGCUCGAGAAUCCUUGUCCCGCGCCACAGGAUCCUAACGCUGAGAAGAAGCGAGACGACGCGAACAACGACCGAAGACCUUACUGCGAGAAUUGCCGCGUGUACUUCGAUGAGCUGGAGGAACAUACACUCUCCAAUCGUCAUCGUAAGUUCGCUCUGAACGACGCAAACUUCGUACAGAUCGAUGCAUUGAUCAGACGUGUUGAGCGUCCUCAAGCACCCUGGGUGCCUUUCAUCGCUGAGUGGCUUUCCAAGAAUGGCUCAGACGCCGUACAGUCAGGAUACCCUAUCGGCGUAGGCCAUGACGCCGAGAGUCGCUCUGCUGCCAGCCGUUCUGGCUCGGAGGACCCUCCUUUGUCUGCCUGCCAUCAACCGGACCUCUCCUUCGGCGAUGAAGGGGACGCGUUUGUGGAGGUGAGCAGAGACGGUGACUCGAGCUUGAAUGAGACCAGUCUUGUGACCCUCGAGCAAGACGGCAAUUGGCAUGAAGGCGAUGGAGCAGAAGACAGUGUUGACUACAACACCAGCUUCGUCGAGACCGAGGGCCAUCUGACUCCACACACUUCCCCCGAGGCAAGCGCCCGACCGUCCGUCUUUGUCGUCAAGCAUGAGGAAGGCGACGAUGAUGAGACAAGUCUGGAGGAUGCUUACGAGCAGGGCGAGCAUGCCCCACAUGGCACUGCAGCUUAG